CCGACACCAUGUAAGCAAGGGCACGUGUUCCUUCUUCUCCGGGCCCGUGGCACCGGCCGAGCCGCUGUUCUCAAAUGCCGGCAUCUGUGAAAGGUUGAAAUAAACCUUGAUGUGCGGCGGCAGCAUGUUGUGCCGGUGCCUCUUCAGCGUGGCACUGGUAGCGCUCGUCUGCUCCGCCCAGCAAGACGGACUGGCGUACGAACUGCCCAUUUCCAGGGUCGAGAACCAAAAGACAUUUCGAAGUCAGCGUGGUUCCUACCAGGAUGGAGACGUGGCCGCCAGACCCCGUCGGCGUCAGUUGCUGGGAAGGUACAGCGCAAGAGAUCCUGAGCGCUUCGACUUUUUCGGCGAGCACCGCGAAGAACAGUGCCAGGACGACAUGGACUGCCGGCAGCUGGUUACAGGGCGCGUGUGUGACCGAAAGCCAAAUGAUGCUGCGGGAUACUGUCGCUGCCCCGACGACAAACCAGUCAAGAUCACCGACAACGGACGCAUCAAGUGCGUCACGGCGAAAGUCGAGGAACCGCGCUGCACGAGCACGGCGGAGUGCACGGCGAUCAACCCGUACCUUCAGUGCGUCGAUCAAAAGUGCGCAUGCGUGUCACCCAACGUAAUGCACGAAAUCAAAGGAUGCGUACCGGGAGAAAUUCAGUCGGGGAAAACUGCGUCAUGGAUGGCGCCGCUAGCAUUUUUGUUUACUAUAUUAGCCAUCAUGACUUGCACGUUCUUCGUGACGAGAUACAGGAAGGAAGACGACGGUCUCGAAGAACAAAUCCUUUCUGAUUCGCCCCAAGGAAGCGCUGCCUUGGAACAACCACUUCAGCAACGCGUACGGCGUCCCAAGACAAAUUAUGCACGCUUACACCAAUGGUUCAACAACCUCAUUCAACCCCAGAAGCCCCAACAAUCGACGGGUAGCAGCGAAAGAAAGCCUCCCAUAGAAGGACCGCAGAUGGAACCCGUCGCGAGCACCUCAGCGCCACAGUCGCUGACCCCGCCCGGAACUGUAACCGUCGAACCCGAAGAAGUGGAAGGUGUUUUGGCUGCAGAGUGCCAGGCUAAGCUUAGACCAAACGAGCAACCAGACUUACGGACAUCCCAGGGGGUGUCCAAGACCUCCGAAGAUUUUGACCACCGCAAAAGCUUCCUUCCGUUGCCGUUCAGCAUGGCGCAACGGUCUCUGAGAAACGUGGCUAAGCCAUCGUUCAAGGAAGCCUAUUCAAAGUCUUCUCAUUGUAGCAUCGCGGAGGCCGACAAUUACGACAUUUCAACCGGGCAGAGAUAUCGCGCCACAAUACGAUCGCCGCACUUGAAGGACGACACACGAAGUGACGUCGAGUGCGUCGCGCUGCUUCCAGAAGACCGACCUCCCGUUGUGGUUAGUCUGGACUCGCAGGACAAAGUAAACGUACCGCUUCCGGCGCUGGACUCGGCUCAUCAGGCAAGUUCGUCGUCUAGCAACGACAUUAAGCUCCCGUCAUUUUCCAGAAUGAGCAGGCACUACGAAAGUGAAGACGCAUCGGCGCUUAAAAUCAGACCAGGAGACCUGCGAGCCGUACCGGUCCACGUGAAGCGCCUGAAACGGGGCUUGGAAAUGCUGCGAACGGAACGCCAGCAGAAAACGGGUAACCUUCAGCACCUACUGGACGGCAGGGACCUAUACGAACGAGAAGAAAUGUCCCCGCUCGAUUCGUCGUCGGGCGAAAGCGCGCUGAAUGCGAGGCCGAACAGUGUGUCCAGAAAUGUUCAGACGGAUAUCACCGUGUCUGCUGCCAUACCAGUGUUGCCAUUUGCUUCGCUGAAUGUGCUAAGUCCCAUGCCUGCUAUAAUGAAGCCGUCGCCCACUCCCCAACUGGGAUGCAGGAUUAGAGGACAAGACGUACCAAUAACCCUUCUUGCUCGAACGUCCAGCACUGAUGCCGGUGAUGGGAAAGACAACAUGGCUGCCGAUAGUGACGUCAUCGCUGGUAACGCCGUCGAUUCGGACGAAGGUGUCGCUAAGCAACGAUUCAGUCCUCACGGACGACAGAGGCAACCCGUCAUCUUUGAGGAGCAAGAGAUUACUCCAGAAAGAGCCGGCGCGUGGACGGCAAGGCAACAAAACGCGGUAAAAAACAAGAUGUCAUCCGAAGUUCUGCAGGUUUUGCAAGUCACCGUCGAACCUUGUCGGGCUGAUAUUCUGGGUAGCUACAACAAGCAGCGUCCACCCUUUCCAGGUGGCGCUGGAGCAGGUACGGUCCUGCAUGAUGGGCAACAACUUACCAACAGGCCAGCUCAAGAGAGGACGCCGUCCGUUCAGGGUGAAGGUGCCUCAGAUACCUUCCCGGGCGUACGUAAUAUGGGGAACACAAACCGAACGCUCCCGCCCGAAGCAACUCUGAAGACCAGGUCCUGCUACUCGGUGAACAAGGAAGCCGUGCUCUACGAGGCGUUUCCGGACGGACGAAGCGGAGAGAAUUUUCCUGCCCCGCAGUCAGCUAACACUAGCUAUGCGAUGGAUUUGAAGGCCUCACCGAACGUGAUGCCGCAAGCUCCUGGGUCUGCCACGCAACUAGACGAGUUCUCGUGCGGUAUUGGAAUGCCGGAUGUUUUAUUUUCUCAGGAAGCGAACGCGGACUUUGCAUCUCAUAGCACGCUGAGUCCCGAUAAGGGUUACAGCGCUGGAGAAGGAUCGUACAAGUCAUUCGAAGUCGAGAGCCAGCUUGAAGAGAGCAAAGGAGUCAAUGACGUUGGACGUGUCAGUUAAGUGUGCUACGCUCAUAGCGAAAAGAAAUGUUAAAAUAAACGACGUUAACUCUCAUGCA